GAAAACAUCGAUAACAACGAUUGCAAGAAAAGUUGCUCUACUUGCAACUAUAGUUGGAAAUAUAAAUAAACUAAGGAUUAUCCUCUAUAAUGCACAUGUUUCAGGCUGUAAUUUUGGCUGCCGGCCGCGGUACACGUUUGCCGGAAGUUCUGGGUGAUGCGCCCAAAGCAUUGCUGCCUGUUGGGCCUUAUCCACUGAUAUGGUAUCCAUUAAAUCUGCUGCAACAACACAACUUUUCGGAGGUAAUUGUUGUGGUGCUCGAACAAGAAAAACUAGAGAUUCAAGUGGCCCUUGAACAUACGCCGCUUAAGCUGAAAGUGGAGUAUGCAACCAUUCCCAGUGAUAGUGAUUUUGGGACUGCCGACAGUCUGCGCUAUAUAUACGAUCGCAUCAAAUCCGACUUUGUUGUAAUGAGCUGCGAUCUGGUUAGCAAUGUAAAGCUGUACCCGCUGAUUAACAAGUUUCGGGAACACGACGCCGCUUUAGCCAUGCUACUUUUUAAAAGCGGCUUCGAGUCGGAUGUGGUGAUGCCGGGUCCCAAGAGCAAGCACAAACCAGAACGAGAUUUGAUCGGAAUACAUCCGGCAACGCAGCGCUUGGCCUUUGUAUUUGCUGCCAGCGACUGCGAGGACACUCUAAAUAUUCAGAAACAUUUGGUCAAGAACAAGGGACAAUUGGAUGUGUAUAGUCGGCUGUCCGAUUCACAUAUCUACGUGUUAAAGAAAUGGGUCAUAAACUAUCUGCAUAGUAAGGAAAACAUAUCCACAUUCAAGGGUGAAUUCCUGCCACACUUGAUCAAGAAGCAGCAUGCCAAACGACCAGCCAAGACUACACAGGACACCACUUCUGAAGUGGGAGUGGCUACUAAGCACGAGGAUCAUAUUCUGCAUUAUGUUCCGCACUCAACACUCGAUCAGAAGAUUACACAGACCUCGCUGUUCAAUCAAUCCCUCUCCCAUUCUCCGUAUCAUGGCGAUCUCGUUCGUUGCUAUGCCAUCCAGGCGCCUAAAGAAACAAUUGGCGUGCGUAUCAAUAACACGCUCAGCUUUCUAGCCAUCAAUCGCAAAUUGGCCAGCAUUUGGUUGCAGCUUUGUGGGGAGUCGCAUCCUUUAAUCGCUCCGGGUGCCAUGGUGAAGUCGACUCAGACAAAAGAAAUCAUCGUAGCCGACAAUGCCAAAUUGUCAGAAAAAACCUCUCUCAAUUUCAGUGUAUUCGGAUCGAAUUGUGUGAUCAAUCCGAAGAACAUAGUGAGCAACUCCAUCAUAAUGUCGAACGCCAUAAUAGAGGAGGGCUGCAACAUAGAAAACUGCAUCAUUGGUCAUCGGGCGCAGGUGAAGAGUGGUUCCGUCCUCAAGAACUGCUUAAUUGGACCAAAUUUUGUGGUCGAGGAGGGCACGAAGACCCAGGCUGUGCACCUGUCUAAUGCUGAUCAGUUUAUGGAGAUCGACAUUCAGUAAAUGCUGGGAUUGUUAACUUAA